AAGAAGAAUCAGACAUCCAGCAUGCGCUGGCGGACCCGGCGUUUAUAGACACACUCGUGGAGUUGUGCGUGGCUUCUGAGAUUCUUGUGCGCGACUGUGCACAGGAUUUGGGUGCAAUGAAGAAAGAAGGGGAUGAUGGUGUAGACCAGGUUGCGGUGGAAGGUCAGAGUGAGCUUGACGAACAGGAAACUAACGCUCCUUUCCAAACAGCACGCAAAACCCUCUUCUCGACCCUCCGUGUCCUUACGCUUCUCCCGGCUUCCACAUCCUCUAAAUCCCGUCCUUCAUCCUCGUACUCCCACCCUUCACCAACAUAUUCUCAUACCCUGCAUCCUUCCUGGACACCAAGCGACACAGCCCUAUCACUGGUCACACGGGUUGUGUUACGUGCACAAGCUGGAUGGGUUGGGAGUCUUGGCGGUGAUGGGGUCAAAGGGGAACAAGAUGAUGACGAACCGAUGCAGGGGAACGAAGAGCAUGAGAGGAAAUCGGAACAUCUAACGGACGCAGAUACGUCCUCCUCACCCGCGCCCUCCCAACGUGAAUCUACACGUUCGCCUCGAAAACGGGCGCCGUUUCCUGUUCCUUCACCGUCCAAAUCUGUGCAUAAACCGUUGUCUUCGAGCAGGAUGAAUACAUCGAGUAACACCCGUAGACAAAGUACGUUGAAUGGAAGCGGUACUCCAAGUAAAGGUACCAGCACACCGAGCCAAGUAAUUGGCAUGGGUAAAGGGAAAAGCAAGGCCACAUUAGUCCCGACGUAUUCCCUCACGCGUGUUGAAUCCUUCGACUUGCUUUGUCUCGCGCUUGGGUUGCUUCUGAACUGGGCCUCUGGGGGUAUUGAAGGAGAAGAAGUCAGUGAGGGGAUGGGACGCAUUCCAUUUUCCACAGUUCUCAAUCCCGCCUGCUCUGCCACUCGCGGCUGCGCACACAUCUGUUCAUGCCCUACUUCCUCCCAGGAAAUAAUUUACCUGACCAUGAACGUAAACUCCCCUCGGAUGUCGAUCAAAAGUCAUCGUCUACGAGUCAGAAGCAAAAGUCUUCCUCUGGGAGUCGUAGCUGCCCCCCUACCUCUCCUAGGGUAUACUGCUGUCCUGCUCGGCCUCCUCUGCACAUCCGCACCCCCGCGAGGAAUCCGAGUGCUACCCACUAAUCGAUCACUCAUAUUUGGCGACGUUCCCCUAGAGUCACUCAUUGGAGACGUGCAAGACUUUUUGGCGUUGUAUGACGAUCUCGAGGGAGAGUUCAAUAGCGAGGGUGAUAUUGUGGAUGUAGAUGUGAAUAUGGGUUCAGAUGGGGACAGGCUGUGUAGUAUGGGACGGGGACAAGGUGGAGGAAGGGGGCGGGGCAAAGCACUGGAGAAGAGGAGCGAAGAUAUAGCGCGUGGGGUGUUGAGGUCGUUAGAGGCACUGCGAGGCGAUGGAAUAUGAGAUAGUCGAUCCUUGCUUCCGAUUGAAAGGUCUGAAGAUGCUUUGCUAAUGAUAAACUCAUUCGCAUCCUGAUCACGGAAGGUUAAUUAGUCGUCGGUGUCAGAGACGAACAGUGAAGCGAUAAAGCGCAUGGUUUGACAUUGAGAUAAUGUCACACUGUUAGGGUUGGGGAACCACCUACGUUACUUUAGGCGCGGAAUUCACGUUGAUU